CCAACACCCACCUCUAGCUUGCGCAACACCCCCGUAAGUCUCCGCUGUAUCCCCGUCGUACCUUGGGAGUCGCUCUGUCCUGCUCCGCAUACAACUGAGCUAUCCUGUAGCACGUGUUGCGCGCACAAAGAUACAACCGCGCCGCUGCAAUGGCUUCGCGACUGGUGCUGGUCCUGGGCGACCUCUUCAUACCAGACCGAGCUUCAGAUAUACCGGCAAAGUUCAAGAAACUGCUCGCGCCUGGAAAGAUCGGCCAAAUCCUUUGUCUGGGCAACAUUACCGACCGCGAAACCUACGAAUUCCUGCGCGCCAUCGCGCCCGACCUACAAAUCGUGAAGGGUGACUUCGACGUCGAAGCACCUAAUCUCGCCUUGUCAAAAGUAGUCACGCACGGCAGUCUACGCAUAGGCUUCACACAUGGCCACACCAUCAUACCACCCGGCGAUGGCGACAGUCUGCUGAUAGCGGCGCGGCAGAUGGAUGUCGAUGUCUUGCUAUGGGGCGGCACACACAAGUUCGAGGCGUAUGAAAUGGAGGGCAAGUUCUUCGUCAAUCCAGGAAGUGCGACAGGGGCCAUGUGUACGGGAUGGUGGACUGAGGAUGAGGAACCUACACCGAGUUUUGUAUUGAUGGAUGUUCAGGGCGAUGUUCUCGUACUGUACGUGUACCAACUACGCAAGGAUGCCGAAGGCAACGAAAAUGUCGCAGUGGAGAAAGUGUCAUUCCGGAAGAACGGCGGCGGCGCAUCAUAGACCAA